AUGAAAGGAGCUUGUAUUUUUGGCAUCGCCAUCGCCUCUCUUGUUGCGCAAGGAGCUGCCGCGCCGCGUUCGCAGCAACAACAAAGCACGGCGGCAAUUCCUGGCAGAUGGAUCGUCACUCUUAAGUCAGGCAUCGACAAACGCGACGUGGAGCAGCACCUCGAUUGGAUUCACGAUACUCACAGGCGGACCAGCCUCUCCUCUCGAGCAAAACUCGCCAGCGCCGACGAGGAUCAUCAAGCCUACGUCUACGACUCGAGUGCGGGAACAGGCACACUCGCCUACGUUCUCGACUCCGGGAUUCGCAUUUCCCAUCCUGAUUUCCAGGGACGCGCGAUGAAGGGCACCAACGUUUUCCCCGAAGUUGCUCGCGACGAUGAUUUUGGGCACGGCACGCACGUGGCUGGCACCAUUGGAUCCGUAAGGUUCGGUGUCGCAAAGAAUGCGACCCUUGUCGACGUGAAGACGACCAGGGUUGCUUACCUAUGGUACGACGGCCAAGAUUAUCGAGGCUUUGGAGUGGUCUGUACAGAAUAUCACCAACACUCCUGCGAGGGCUGGCAAGUCUGUCGUCAGUAUGAGUCUAGGCAAGUCGUGUACUCCUUCAUUAGAACGCUCGCAUCUGACCCAAUCCAAGCCACUGCUACAUCCACAGCAUUGAAUGAUGCCGUCGACGCAGCCACAGCCUUGGGUGUCUUCGUCGUCGUCGGUGCUGGGAACGAUGGAAAGGAUGCUUCCACGAGAUCACCAGCUAGCGCGCCGACUGCCUUCACCGUUGGUGCGAUUGACAUUAACAGCACUAGAGCUACGUGGUCCAACUUUGGGCCUUCUGUGGAUGUCUUUGCUGCUGGGGUGGAUGUGAGAUCGACUUCUCUGUACCAGGAUGGAACUGAGCUUUUAUCGGGAACAUCAAUGUCAACACCACACAUUUCCGGGUUGGCGUUGUAUCUCGAGGGACAGGAGGGCUCUGUCGUGGACGCACCGGCGGCGAUCGGUGCACGCAUCAAGGAGCUUGCUACCAAGGACAUAGUUGCCGAUCCUGGAGUUGGCAGUCCUAAUCUUGUUGCAUAUAAUGGGAAUGGUCGACGAUGA